GCCACUAACCAUAAGAGAACGCGUAUCAACUUUUUUUUCUUCCUUCUUUUGAUUUGAGGAUUGCGAUUUCUUGGUUUCUUUUAGUUACAGUUACGAUCAAAGCUAUCGCCACCGCCGUCGACUGAAGUUUUCUUCUCUGUGUAUCUGUUUCUCUCUGUGUGCAUGCGAGCAAAGCAGAGGCAUGAGAUGAGGCGGUUGGUGGGAUGGGAGGGUGACAGUGUAGUCCGAUCUCACAAGUCAGUAUAAACCCUCGUCGGACGCUGCUCAAAACGAAGCCGCUGCAGUCGAUGGAGACGAAGCCAGCCCCGCAGCAGCGGCGUUGGCUCGUUCCUCUUCUGGUUUCUCUUCUUCUGUGCUCCCUACUUAUAUCAGUUGCCCUCUUCUCUUCCUCGCCGUCAUUCUCCCCUCGGACGCUCCUAUUCCUCUCGCUUUCCCAGAUCCGCUCCAGCUUACAUGGUGAGAAUACCCUCUUCGUUGAGUCUAAGCUCAUAUUACCACCGAUUCCGUCCACACCAGUAAACGCUGUGCCUCGCCUGGCUUACCUCAUCUCUGGCUCGGCGGGCGAUGGCGGGAGCUUGAGAAGGACUUUAAAGGCGUUGUACCAUCCGGCGAAUAGAUAUGUUGUUCAUCUUGAUCUCGAAGCUUCGCCGGUGGAGCGGUUGGAGCUUGUUGUUGCUGUUAGGGAUGAUCGGAUCUAUUCGCGGGUUGGGAAUGUGAGAGUGAUUGAGCGGGCGAAUCUGGUGACAUACAGGGGCCCGACAAUGGUGGCGAAUACGCUUCACGCUGCGGCGAUACUUCUUAAGGAGGGGGGCGAUUGGGAUUGGUUUAUCAACCUGAGCGCCUCUGAUUAUCCCCUUGUUACUCAGGAUGAUCUGCUCUACACGUUGUCAAGCUUACCUCGGCAACUGAAUUUUAUUGAGCAUACAAGUGACAUUGGAUGGAAAGAGUAUCAGAGGGCCAAACCUGUGAUAAUUGACCCUGGUCUCUACAGCUUGCACAAAUCAGAUGUCUUUUGGAUUACUGAGAAAAGAAGUGUUGCCACUGCAUACAAGCUCUUUACAGGUUCUGCUUGGAUGAUGCUUUCUCAUCAGUUCAUUGAGUUCUGCAUAUGGGGAUGGGACAAUCUUCCUCGUACUGUUCUAAUGUACUAUGCAAAUUUCCUCUCAUCACCCGAAGGCUAUUUUCACACAGUUAUCUGCAAUGCACCACAGUUUAGUAAUACAACUGUCAACCACGACCUCCAUUAUAUUUCUUGGGACAAUCCUCCGAAGCAGCACCCACACUUCCUUACUCUCAAUGAUUUCUCUCAAAUGGUUCACAGUAACGCUCCCUUCGCAAGGAAAUUUCCCAAGGAAGAUCCAGUGCUCGACCAGAUCGACAGGGAACUAUUGAGUCGCAAUGCGUCUGAUGGGUUUGUGCAUGGUGGGUGGUUUGAUCGCUUGAAUAACGUUAAUGAUUCCAGUUAUUCUGUCUCGAGUGUGAAAGAUCUCAGACCUGGGCCCGGUGCUGAGAGACUUAAGAACCUCAUUACUGGCUUGCUGACAGCAGAUGGUUUUAACGAGAAGCAUUGCAUAUGAAGGUUUCGUUUGGGACGGCUUUUUUGUUGCUUCUUAAAGCAGUUUUUUAGUAUACAAAUUAAAAUUUGUAUACUAGAAAGCUGCUUUAAGAAGCAACAAGAAAGUCACACCAAACGAAGGGCAAAUUAUUCUAAUUUUUCGUCCGGAUUCCAUGCGCUUUUAGUGCGCUUUUGAUGUAUUUUUGAAAAAGAGCAGCUAAUACACAAUUAACUGCAUAUUAGCUGCUCUUUUGCUGGCCUUUUACUGAGUAUCUGAAAAGCGCAGCAAAAACACAUCAAAAGGGCAUCAAAUACUCAAUGAGCAAGAUAUUUGUUGCACUUUUGCUGCGCUUUUGUUAUGUUUUUGCAAAUACUCAACAAAAGAGCAGCUAAUAUACAGUUAAAAUUGUGUAUUAUAUGCUAUUUUUCAAAAAUACAUCAAAAGCGCACUAAAAGCGCAUAGAAUCUGGACGAAAAAUCAGGUAUGCUGACCGGACCUAAUAAUUUUCCCAAACGAAGCCAAAAAACAACUUAGAUGGUUGAAGCUUUGUGCUACUUUCUUGCCACUAAUUACUAUCAUGUCAAAGAAUGGAGCUCCGAACUGAUUUGUUGAUGAGUUUGGGUGGCGACUGAUAUCCCAUUUAGAGAUACUAUAGAGAGAAUAGCCCUACUGUGAGAAAUUGCCAAAUUGGGAACUAAACUAAGCACUUGCGUCGAUGUAGCUACAGUAACUGCAACUCCUUUGAAAUGCGGUUGUAUUUCACCAUACAUGCAGAUCUCCACAGCUACUUUCUUCCUAAUUUUUUUGGACUGAAAACAUUUGUGUUUCAGUCUUGCCAGAUUGCUAAAUGCAGUUUAUCUACAAUAAUUAGCUUACUGUUGUACUUUGUAGCUUUACAACUUGCGAUGUGGACUUCAACAAAGCAAAAUUCCUAGAUUAUUCUUCCUUAUACCUCUAUAAUUAUGCUUGUCAA